AUGAAGUAUACUGGCGCCUUUGUCAUCUUCCUCGCCGCUUGCGUGGCAGCCAACCCCGUGAUCAACGCCGCGAGGGCCGAGGAGAGCGUCAACGCCGCCGCCAGUAAUGGCGAAAAGGGUCUCGCAGCAGCAGCGGACGCUGCCGAGGCAGUUGCCCUUGCACAGGCUGGCGACGGUGGCGCGGCGACUCCCGGCGCUGUGUUCCAGUCCAUCGAUGCUCAGUUUGCCAAGGCGACUGAUGCUGCGAAUGCCAACGCCAACGCCAAUGCUGAUGCCAACAAGGGCAAAGAUAACAAGGGCAAAGACAACAAAGGCAAAGCCAACGAGGGAAAGGCCAACGAGGGAAAGGCUAACCAGGGAAAGGCUAACCAGGGCAAGGAUAACAAGGGUAAGGACAACAAGGGUAAGGACAACAAGGGCAAGAAAAACAAGAAGAACUAG